UAAAAAAUAAAAAAUAUAAAUUACAAGGGAAGAAGAAAAGUCUUUCACUCUGUCCUAAAAAACUUUGCUAGUUUUAAAGAGCAGGCACAAAACCAAGCUUAACUUCCUUGUUUUGUGUCUCUUUCUCCCAAGAUUCUGCCGAGGUCUUAAGGGAAUAUAUUAUUAUCUCCAUGUGCGGUGUUUCCAAGGGGAAACCUUCUCAAUUUGGUUUGGUCAUGGAGGAGUAUGCAAAAGAAGGGAUGCAUCAUAUAAUUUCAGCUUUGCUUGAGUUUUCUGCAGCAGAUGAUCUGGUUAGUUUCAAAGAUGCGGUUGAAAAGGAGGGUCAUGAUAUUGAUGGGGUAGGGUUUUGGUAUGGAAGGUGUGUUGCCUCGAAGAAAAUAGGUUAUGAAGAGAGGACACCUCUCAUGGUUGCUUCCAUGUUUGGAAGCCUUGGUGUAUCAACCUAUAUCCUUUCAACGGGUAGUGUCGAUGUUAAUUGGGCUAGUAGGUCAGAUGGGGCUACUGCUCUUCAUUGUGCUGUUGCUGGGGGUUCUGCCGCUUCCAUUGAGGUUGUCAAGCUUUUGCUUGAUGCAUCUGCUGAUGUUAAUGCUAUUGAUGCCAACGGUAACCGGCCAAUUGACUUGAUUGGCUCGGUGACCAAUUCUAUCUUCAGUCAAAGGUCAAGGGUGCUACAGGCCCUCCUGGAGGGUACAAGUGAUGCUGAUCAGGCAUGUCUUGCACUUCCAGAAGUGAUUGACCAAAUUGAGGAACAAAGGCAAGAUAUGACUACGCCCCGUGUUUCGAAAGAUUAUCCCAUUGAUCUCUCCCUUCCAGACAUAAAGAAUGGGAUAUAUGGUACUGAUGAGUUUAGGAUGUAUACAUUCAAAGUGAAGCCUUGUUCGAGGGCGUAUUCUCAUGAUUGGACUGAGUGCCCCUUUGUUCAUCCAGGGGAAAAUGCAAGGCGGCGUGAUCCAAGGAAAUAUCAUUACAGCUGUGUCCCUUGUCCCGAGUUCAGGAAGGGGUCUUGCAGCAAGGGCGAUGCCUGUGAGUAUGCACAUGGUAUUUUUGAGUGCUGGCUUCACCCUGCCCAGUACCGGACGCGGCUUUGCAAGGAUGAGAGUGGAUGCACAAGAAGGGUUUGCUUCUUUGCUCACAAGCCUGAGGAGCUUCGCCCCUUGUAUGCUUCUACUGGUUCCGCUAUUCCUUCUCCAAGGUCCUAUUCUGCUAGUGCUUCUGCAUUGGAGAUGGGUUCAGUUAGUCCAAUUGCACUUGGUUCUCCAUCUGUCUUGAUGCCACCUACCUCAACACCACCUUUGACUCCAUCUGGAGCAUCUUCUCCCAUUGCUGGAUCCAUGUGGUCUCAAUCUAAUGUUUCUGUCCCUACCCUGCAGCUGCCCAAAAGCAGAUUGAAGACCGCAUCAACUGCAAGAGACAUUGAUUUAGAUAUUGAACUGCUUGGACUUGAAACACAUCGGCGUAGACAGCAGCUAAUGAUGGAUGAGAUAUCUGCUCUUUCCUCUCCCAACUGGAAAAAUUCCAUGCCUAAUAGUCCAUCUUUCCAUGUUCCUUUGAGUGAUCACACUGAGUUAAAUAGGCUUUCAGGGGUGAAGCCUGCUAACCUUGAAGAUAUGUUUGGAUCACUCGAUCCAUCAAUUUUGUCUAAAUACCAUGGAAUCUCACUUGAUGUUGCAGGAACUCAGUUGCAAUCUCCAACCGGAAUCCAGAUGCGCCAGAAUGUGAACCAGCAGCUAGGAGGCUAUUCAUCCAGCCUUUCUACUUCGAAUGUGAUUGGGUCACGCUCCUUCAGGCUUGAUCAGUCUGGCGAAGCAGCCACGGUUGCCUUGAAUCCAAGAGCUGCUGCCUUUGCAAAGCGGAGCCAGAGCUUCAUUGAGCGUAGCGUGGUGAACCAUCAUUCUGAGAUUCCUUCUCCAAAUCCCUCUACCUUCUCUAACUGGGGCUCACCUGGUGGAAAAUUAGAUUGGGCCAUAAAUGGAGAAGAGCUGAAUAAGCUGAGGAAAUCUGCUUCCUUUGGAUUUCGAAGCAGCAGUAGUCCUCUAACAAAGGCUUCAAACAAAAUUUCAGCAAAUGUUGAUGAUGAGCCAGAUGUGUCUUGGGUUAACUCACUUGUGAAGGAUGCUCCACCAGAAUCCGGUGAAUAUAGUGUGGAAGAUCAUCGAAAGCUACUGCAAUGCCACAACGGAACAGAUGCGAUUCCAGCAUGGCUGGAGCAAUUGUACUUGGACCAGGAGCAAAUGGUGGCGUGAUUGCAAUUUGGCGGUGGCUCUUUCUUGCUUUCUUGCAACUCAACGGUUUAUUUAUUUAGUGAUUUUUUUUAAUUUUAUAGAAUUUAGUUAGAUGACAAUUUGCAAAAAGGAUGGUAAAAUAGCCUACCAAGGCUAUAGGAUAUAGAAGUUGGGCAGGACGCAAGUUUUCUGCUUCAGUAACUACUACCCGUUACUGGGUUCAUUGAUUCUAUUUUUUUUCCCAAUCUAUUUUCUUUCUUAUAUGUUCAAUUGAGUUGUAAGUUGUAACUUUCCAUUGACCGAAUUACAGCAUUGUAGUGGGAAUAUAGUAUUCAAUAUAAUGAGACUGGAGAUGUAAUAAUUUUAUUAAUUCCAAUUCUCAAUUUGCAUCACA